AGGCCAAAACCCAGCAGCCCCAAUGGCUGCCACCCCGCCGGCCCCGGCGCCGCCGCGCAUCCUCCUCGCCGGUGACGCCCACGGCCGCCUCCACCAGCUCUUCAAGCGCGUCAAAUCGGUGAACCAGUCGACGGGGCCGUUCCACGCGCUGCUCUGCGUGGGGCAGUUCUUCUCCCCCGAAGGUGACGCCGAGGGGGCGCCGGGGGACGUUGCGGACUACCUCGAGGGGCGCGCCGCCGUGCCCAUCCCGACCUACUUCACCGGCGACUACGGCCCGACGGCGCCGCGGCUGCUGUCGAAGGCCGCCGCUGGUGCGCGCGGGUUCGCACCGGGCGGCAUCGAGAUAUGCCCCAACCUCUUCUGGCUCAGGGGCAGCAACCGCUUCACCCUCCAUGGUUUGUCGGUGGUUUAUUUGUCGGGGAAGAAGGGACCAGGAGGGCCUGGCUGCUACAGCCAGGAUGAUAUCGAUGCCCUGCGGGCUCUUGCAGAAGAGCCAGGGAUCGUUGAUCUGUUCUUGACUAACGAAUGGCCAACUGGAGUGGUGAAUGGGGCUGACAUUUCUAAUGUGCCUAAUCAGGUUUUGGAUCCUCAUGGGUAUGAUCCUGUUGUUGCUGAAUUGGUUGCCGAGAUUAAGCCAAGAUAUCAUAUUGCCGGUACCAAAGGUGUCUUUUAUUCAAGGGAACCCUAUGUCAAUGAUUCUGCUGCACAUGUUACCCGCUUUAUUGGACUUGCUAAUGUUGGAAACAAAGAAAAGCAGAAAUUUAUUCAUGCGAUUUCUCCUACUCCAGCAUCUACCAUGUCCAGUGCUGAUAUCCAUGCCAAGCCUCCAAAUUCUACUUUAUCACCUUAUGCUGCUCCAGCACAAUCAGUCCCUAUUGAAGAAGCUCCAAAACGUCCAGCUGACAAUACUGAUGCGCAAUAUUGGCGUUAUGAUGUCAAGCGGCAAAGGCAAGGGGAAGCUGAGGGGGGUAGAUUGUGUUUCAAAUUUACAUCCUCAGGGUCCUGUCCACGAGGGAGUAAAUGCAACUUUAGGCAUGAUGAGGAGGCAGUGGAGCAUUACCAGAGAAAUGUCUGUUUCGAUUUUCUAAACAAAGGAAAAUGCGAGAGGGGCCCGGAGUGUAAGUUUGCACACAGCCUGUCAGGGGACACUUCUAUAAGAGAUUCAAGACCUCGUAGGCGUGUGGAGAGCAGUUGCUGGUUCUGCUUGUCGAGUCCAGAUGUUGAGUCACAUCUUGUCAUUAGUAUCGGAGAAGCUUACUACUGUGCACUUGCAAAGGGGCCGCUUGUUCCAAAUCAUGUUCUGAUGAUACCUGUUGAACACUGCCCCAGUACAUUAAUGAUGCCCUCGGAAGCAGAGGUAGAACUUGCGAGAUAUAAAAAUGCUCUGGUUGAGUACUUUGAGAAGCAAGGAAAGACAACAGUAUUCUUUGAGUGGGUUUCACAGAGCUCCCGCCAUGCAAACCUUCAGGCUGUUCCAGUACCAUUUCCUAAAGCAGAUGCAGUUAAUAAGAUAUUUCAUCUAGCAGCAAAAAAACUGGGAUUUGAAUUCUCUGUGGUGAAUCCAGAUGGCGGUGCAAAAGUAGCUAGAGAAUCAUUGAUAUCUCAGUCUGAAAGCAAAUCAAGCCUUUUUUAUGUUGAGCUCCCGGAAGGCAAAAUACUCUUGCAUAACAUUGACAGUAAUGAGAAGUUCCCUGCCCAGUUUGGACGUGAGGUUUUAGCGGGAUUGCUAAGCAUGGCGGAUCGUGCAGAUUGGAGAAACUGCAAGCUUUCGAAGGAAGAAGAGAUUCAAAUGGUGGAUGAUUUCAAACAAGGUUUCUGCGAGUUUGAUCCCGCGGAGUGAAAGAACAUGCCCUGUUUCUGUCCGAGGCACGGGCCUCACUGAGUUUCUAACGGGAACUUGCAUUUGAUUAUAACUGAAUGCACAUUUGCACUGUUUUCGGUGUAAUAUUGGAGUAGCUCAGAUGUGUACGCCUGGAAAUUGGACAUUAUGUUGAGGAGUCACAUGAUGUAUUUUUUUUGGAAAGGAACCGGCAAGAGUUUUGCCGUUCUUA